UCUCCCAGGCGCAGAGUCCCUUCCGAUCCAUAAUCCGCGCCGCCUUUUCCCUCUGUCCAUACUGGGCCCAGCUGACGAGCCGCGUUGUUUACGGGCCUGUGUAGCUCUAGCUCCCGGCGUCCGCCCGCCGCCUGCUGCCCGCGCCUCCUCGAGCCCAGGUGCCCGCCCGCCUGUCCGCGCGUCCCUCUGUCCCAGAGUCGGCAGAUCGGGGCGCGGAGAAGCCGCGCGUCGCGGGGAAGAAGCUAGUCAGCCCGGGAGCGCAACAGCUCCUAGUUUCGCAUCCUGUGAUCUACGGAUAGGACCGGGCCUCAGUGGCCGGGAGGGGGGUCGUCGUCGCCUUCCCCUGGGUGCUCCAACGUUUUGGGAUCGGCCGCGGCCCGCUGAAUGCUUCCUGGGCCUGCUUCCAGGGCCCUUUCUCCAGAGGGACUGAGGCUUGGGAACCAUCAGCGUGGAAGAGAAAAGACCGCACGGUCCCCAGUGUCCCUCCAGCGACCACCUUGGAGUAUGUCCUCCGAGGGCCUGCGCCGCGCGCUCUGAUCCUCGGGGAUCCCGCGCUUUCUUAGCCAUGGGCACCGGGGACCGGCUUGGGGCCCCGGCUACGCAGCUGCUGGUGGCGGUUGCCGCGUUGCUGGUGGGCGCUGCAGGCCACCUGUAUCCCGGAGAGGUGUGCCCUGGUAUGGAUAUUCGAAACAACCUUACCAGGUUGCAUGAGCUGGAGAACUGCUCUGUCAUCGAAGGCCAUUUGCAGAUCCUCUUGAUGUUCAAAACAAGACCUGAGGAUUUCCGAGACCUCAGUUUCCCUAAGCUCAUCAUGAUCACUGACUAUUUGCUGCUUUUCCGGGUCUAUGGACUGGAAAGUCUGAAAGACCUAUUCCCCAACCUCACUGUUAUCCGUGGCUCCCGCCUCUUCUUCAACUAUGCUCUGGUCAUCUUCGAGAUGGUUCACCUGAAGGAGCUCGGUCUCUACAAUCUGAUGAACAUCACCCGAGGGUCUGUCCGCAUUGAGAAAAACAAUGAGCUAUGUUACUUGGCUACCAUCGACUGGUCCCGAAUCUUGGAUUCUGUGGAGGAUAAUUACAUCGUUCUUAACAAAGAUGAUAAUGAGGAGUGUGGUGACAUCUGUCCUGGCACCGCCAAGGGCAAGACCAACUGCCCUGCCACUGUCAUCAAUGGGCAGUUUGUGGAACGAUGUUGGACUCACAGUCAUUGCCAGAAAGUUUGCCCGACCAUCUGUAAGUCACAUGGCUGUACCUCUGAAGGUCUGUGCUGCCACAGAGAAUGUUUGGGCAACUGCUCUGAGCCAGAUGACCCCACCAAGUGUGUGGCCUGUCGCAACUUCUACCUGGAUGGUAGGUGUGUGGACACCUGCCCGCCACCCUACCUAAACUUCCAGGACUGGCGCUGUGUCAACUUUAGCUUCUGCCAAGACUUGCACAACAAAUGCAAGAACUCUCGGAGGCCAGGCUGCCACCAGUAUGUCAUUCACAACAAUAAGUGCAUCCCUGAAUGUCCUUCUGGGUACACUAUGAAUUCCAGCAACUUGAUAUGCACCCCAUGUCUGGGUCCCUGUCCCAAGGUUUGUCACAUUCUAGAUGGCCAGAAGACCAUUGAUUCAGUGACAUCUGCCCAGGAACUUCGAGGCUGUACCGUGGUCAAUGGAAGCCUGAUCAUCAACAUUCGAGGAGGCAACAACCUGGCAGCUGAGCUAGAGGCUAAUCUUGGCCUUAUCGAGGAAAUUUCAGGCUUUCUAAAAAUCCGUCGGUCCUAUGCUCUUGUAUCGCUUUCCUUCUUCCGGAAGCUCCAUCUGAUUCGAGGAGAGACCUUGGAAAUUGGGAACUACUCUUUCUAUGCCUUGGACAACCAGAACCUGAGGCAGCUGUGGGAGUGGAGCAAACACAACCUUACUAUCACUCAGGGGAAACUUUUCUUCCACUAUAAUCCCAAACUCUGCUUAUCUGAAAUUCACAAGAUGGAAGAAGUGUCAGGAACCAAAGGCCGCCAGGAGAGGAAUGACAUCGCUCUGAAGACCAAUGGGGACCAGGCAUCCUGUGAAAAUGAGUUACUUAAAUUUUCUUACAUUCGGACUGGUUUUGACAAGAUUUUGCUGAAAUGGGAGCCUUACUGGCCCCCUGACUUCCGAGACCUCUUAGGAUUCAUGCUUUUCUACAAAGAGGCCCCUUAUCAGAAUGUGACAGAGUUUGAUGGGCAGGAUGCAUGUGGCUCCAACAGCUGGACCGUCGUGGACAUUGACCCACCUCCAAGGUCCAAUGACCCCAAGUCACAGAACCACCCUGGGUGGCUGAUGCGGGGUCUUAAACCCUGGACUCAGUAUGCCAUCUUUGUCAAAACCUUGGUCACCUUUUCUGACGAACGUAGGACCUACGGGGCCAAGAGUGACAUCAUCUAUGUGCAGACAGAUGCCACUAAUCCUUCUGUCCCUCUGGAUCCUAUAUCGGUUUCUAAUUCCUCAUCCCAGAUUAUUUUGAAAUGGAAGCCCCCCUCAGAUCCCAAUGGCAACAUCACACACUAUUUGGUUUACUGGGAGAGGCAGGUGGAAGACAGUGAACUAUUUGAGUUGGACUAUUGCCUCAAAGGGUUGAAGCUGCCCUCCAGGACCUGGUCUCCACCUUUUGAAUCUGAGGACUCACAGAAGCACAAUCAGAGUGAAUUUGAGGAUUCAGCUGGAGAAUGCUGCUCAUGCCCCAAGACUGACUCUCAGAUCCUGAAGGAGCUUGAGGAGUCCUCGUUUCGCAAGACCUUUGAGGAUUAUCUGCAUAAUGUAGUUUUUGUACCCAGGCCAUCUCGGAAACGCAGGUCUCUUGGUGAGGUGGGGAAUGUGACAGCUGCCAUGCCCACACUUCUGGAUUUUCCCAAUAUCUCCUUUACCACUGUGCCUCCGAGCCAAGAAGAACAAAGGCCCUUUGAGAAAGUGGUGAACAAGGAGUCACUGGUCAUCUCUGGCCUGCGUCACUUUACUGGCUAUCGCAUUGAGCUACAGGCAUGCAACCAAGAUGCCCCUGAAGAGAGGUGUAGUGUGGCUGCCUACGUCAGUGCCCGGACCAUGCCUGAAGCUAAGGCAGAUGACAUUGUUGGCCCUGUGACCCAUGAAAUCUUUGAGAAUAAUGUGGUACAUUUGAUGUGGCAAGAGCCAAAGGAACCCAAUGGUCUCAUUGUGCUGUAUGAAGUGAGCUAUCGUCGAUAUGGUGAUGAGGAGUUGCAUCUGUGUGUCUCCCGAAAGCAUUUUGCCUUGGAGCGGGGCUGCAGGCUGCGUGGACUUUCUCCAGGAAACUACAGUGUUCGAGUCCGGGCCACCUCCCUGGCAGGCAAUGGUUCUUGGACAGAACCCACCUAUUUCUAUGUGACAGAUUACUUAGAUGUCCCAUCAAAUAUUGCAAAAGUUAUCAUUGGGCCUCUCAUCUUCGUCUUCCUCUUCAGUGUGGUGAUUGGAAGUAUUUAUCUGUUCCUGAGGAAGAGGCAGCCAGAUGGGCCAAUGGGACCAUUGUAUGCUUCUUCAAACCCUGAGUACCUUAGUGCCAGUGAUGUAUUUCCAUGUUCUGUGUAUGUGCCUGACGAGUGGGAGGUACCUCGAGAGAAGAUCACCCUCCUUCGAGAGCUGGGACAAGGCUCCUUUGGCAUGGUGUAUGAGGGCAAUGCCAAGGACAUCAUCAAAGGCGAGGCAGAGACCCGUGUAGCAGUGAAAACAGUCAACGAGUCGGCCAGUCUCCGGGAACGGAUUGAGUUUCUGAAUGAGGCAUCAGUCAUGAAGGGCUUCACCUGCCAUCAUGUGGUUCGCCUCCUUGGGGUGGUGUCCAAGGGCCAGCCAACACUGGUGAUCAUGGAGCUGAUGGCUCAUGGAGACCUGAAGAGCUACCUUCGUUCUCUGCGGCCAGAGGCUGAGAAUAAUGCUGGUCGCCCACCCCCAACCCUGCAAGAGAUGAUUCAGAUGACGGCAGAGAUUGCUGAUGGCAUGGCAUACUUGAAUGCCAAGAAGUUUGUGCACCGGGACCUGGCAGCUCGAAACUGCAUGGUCGCCCACGAUUUUACUGUCAAAAUUGGAGACUUUGGAAUGACCAGAGACAUCUAUGAAACGGAUUACUACCGGAAAGGGGGCAAAGGCCUGCUGCCUGUACGGUGGAUGGCACCCGAGUCCCUGAAGGACGGAGUCUUUACUGCUUCUUCUGAUAUGUGGUCCUUUGGUGUAGUCCUUUGGGAAAUUACCAGCUUGGCAGAACAGCCUUAUCAAGGUCUGUCUAAUGAGCAGGUGUUGAAAUUUGUUAUGGACGGAGGAUAUCUGGAUCAGCCUGAUAAUUGUCCUGAGAGACUCACGGAUUUGAUGCGCAUGUGCUGGCAGUUCAACCCCAAGAUGCGGCCAACCUUCCUGGAGAUUGUCAACCUGCUCAAGGAUGACCUCCACCCUAGUUUUCCUGAAGUUUCCUUCUUCCACAGUGAAGAGAACAAGGCUCCUGAGAGUGAGGAGCUGGAGAUGGAGUUUGAGGACAUGGAAAAUGUUCCCUUGGAUCGGUCCUCUCACUGUCAGAGAGAGGAGGCUGGGGGCAGGGAAGGGGGGUCUUCUCUGGGAAUUAAGCGGAACUAUGAGGAACAUAUCCCCUAUACCCACAUGAAUGGAGGCAAGAAGAAUGGGAGGAUUCUGACGCUACCUAGAUCAAACCCUUCCUAAUAGUGCCUGUUUGGGGCAAGAGGUUCCCAUUUCAUUUCUACUUUCCUCUAGUUUGAAUGCCUCCAGAAAUCUCAGGAUUCUCAGGACACUCUGCCCCAAUGUGAAAAUGAGCUCAGAGAUUGCUCCUAUACAUUUCUAUUCAUCUUUUGAUUGCCAAGUUGACUAGCUGUCAGAGGUUUAACUGUGAACCUAGAAGGGAUGAUAUUUCAAUAGCUGCUGCCCCUUUGUGCAUUCAUGAUUGCAAACCACAAUUGUUUUUUUUUUCUCUUUUUGUUUUCCUCAUAGACUGAAAGAAAGCACCAUUUUUACACAGAUUUUUUUUCACUUUCCUUUUUUCCUGAACUAAAUCAAAGACAAAACUUGCUUGCAGAGCAUAAGUUUGAAAGAAAGGAAACAAAAUAAAACUCUGUUCUACAAUUCCAGUCUGUACAGGAUGCGGGGGUCUUGAGAAGAACUUCAUCUAGGCAAAGAAUUUUAAUAUCACUAUUUUAUUAUUCACAAAAUUAGUUCCUCAAAUUGACCAGUCACUGCUGCUUUCAUGUUUUUGGUAAAGGACGUGUAGUCCUGACAUGUGCAUAUGUUCACACAUGUGUUCUGUGUGUCCAGGUUAGACACUGCUGGCAUGAGAGAGAACACAGAAAUAUUUAUGUUGGUCAGGAGCUUUGGGAAUUGGCUCAUGAAGGUUCUGCUAUUUGCAGUAACUGCCCUUUCCCUUCCUUCUUAUUUGCUGGGAGACUAUGCCCUUGGCAGAUUCCUCUCAAUUUCCUGUCAGUAGUUUUGCUCACAUGUCUUCUCACCUUUCCCUAUAGUGGUCAUGUUUGCUAAGAACUGAGAAAGGAGCAUUUAGUUUGGAUAUUCAUCAUGGAUCUUUGGAAGACCAAACAAAACCAGGACAAAAAGUAAAAACUCAGAUAACAGAAUUUUGAGAAUAUAUUUGUAACAUAUUUAAUUUUUACGGAGUCUCUGGCAUUAGCCUCAUAAGUUAUUAUUUCCUUGGAGGGGGGUGGUGGAAGCAAUGGUCUUCAAAGCAUAUGUUUUCUGAGAAAUAUACUACAUCAGCUGCUAACUCUUUUGGAUGUGGUGAGGCAUAUCUGAAGUAUGUGAGCAACCAGAUUUUAUGGGUGGUCUGAUUUGGAGACCAACAUCUUCUGGAUGUUUCCUGCUUGGAUAAACUGGUAUUUCAUCAAAGCUGAGCUUGCCUUCAAGAACACCUGUGUUCAUUCCUUGGGUUUUUUUUUUUGUUGUUGUUGUUUUUUUUUUUUUUUGUGUGUGUGUGUGUCUGUGUGUGUGGUUUUUUGUUUGUUUUCCUCCAUGUACCUCACCUCCAUGGCGUUUCUUCUCCCAGGCAUGCACCUCACUCAGUUGUACAAACACCACAAAAUCAGAUCCCAGAGACCAACAACACAGAUGUACUUUGAGAACACUAAGCAAUGUACAAGGAGAUGCCUCAAAAAUACUUGUUGGUCCCUCUACCCUUGGAAUAUCUGACUACUCACUCUCAAUACUAAACUCUCAGAGCUGCUUCAUUGCCAAUGGACCUCAAUUGGGCCAGGUGUGCCUGAGCAUAUUACUCAGGUGCUUAUAAUGUUGCAGUUCUUAAUGUCUGGGGGAGAAACCAUCAAAGACCUUCCCACCCUCCCAAGGACAAUUGAAGGGGUUGUGAAUCCACAGUUUCUUCUCUGCAAAAAGAAUCUUACCUGCUCAAGUAUAGAACAGGGUAAACUCAUUAACUUGGUUUCAUCAAAAUCAUUACCCAUACCCUUAGUACAUUUUGUCAUAAAUGUUUGAUUCCUUCCUUUUCUUCUUCUCUUUAAGAGUUGUGGGAUAAAGACAUAAUGCCAACCUCCAAGCCCUCUUAACUCUUGGUUACAAACAUAGGUAGACACAGAUCCCAAUUGCCUAUUGCUAUCUUAUUCACAUGAUUUGAGAAAUGACACCAUGUAAAGCAUUGCUGGGUAGUUCCGUGAUUGGUUGUUAGAAGCAAGAGUUACAGAAAUUAUAUUUGCCAAAAUCACUUUGUUAAUAGAAGAGGGUCUAUACUUAAAUUAAGGACAUGUAGAUCUAGGUGGGGGUUUUUUCUUAGUAAACUUGUAGUGGUCUUAUAUUACAAAAGCAACAAUUUUCACAUUUUUCUAAUUCAGAAAGGUUUUCCUAUAUAGGGGGGAAAGUAUUUAUUUUAAUAUAUAAAAUCACUUCAAUAAAAAUAACAUGCAUGUAAAUGUUUAUCAAGAAAAAAACAAACAGAUGAAUGUGGGUGGUGAUUUUCAGCACAGUCUACCUCAGUGUAUUCUUACGAUGUGGUUCAAUGAGAUGUAAGAAUUCUGAAAAGGUUCAUCAACUUGAGUCCCAGGGAUUGAUGAAAAUUUUGAGGAAGAGACUUGGAAUGGAGAAGUUGUGACCUUCAUGUGAAUACAAGUCCUUUUUCUCCUCUUUUCUGAAUUUGAUUUUCCUUUUGAAAAAAUUCUGUAUUGACACCAUGCUCGCCAAACAUAAGUCAAGUUUUGGGCCAUUGUGAUUUAUCUGGCAUAUGAAGCAGCUAAUCUACCUUCUUCAGGUGAGAGGUAACGACAAACUCUGGCUUUGAGCCAGCAUCUCUGCCUGACCAACUAAACCCCUCAAAAGGGAAUACCAAGAUUUGAGUUCUCUGAUGUUCUUUCCCCACUUCUUUCAGACUGAUGAUGCUUUGGGUGAACAAAUAAACUGUGUUCGUGAGCACCUGUCACACAAACACCCAAUGCAAUGUCUUCUUUCAUUCUCUGAGUGAAAAGAGGUCAUUUUCAGAAAUUCCAGUCCAAUACCCAUCAUUUUACAAAUUGUGCUUUUAGCAAAAAAACCUGCAUUAAGGUUGAUUAAUCUCAAGCUGGUACUGUUUGACCUUGUGUGACUUUGUAAACUCAUGUGAAAGGCAGUUACCCUUCUUGCCAAACCUUGCUAUUCUUGUUUUACUGUCACACACUACCCUUGUAUUCUUAACCCUUCUCCACCUGCUCUGCAGAGGAAGAGCAUUUUGGAUCCACCACUGUGCAAGAGAAACAUCACCAAUUUCAUUUUGAUAUCUAUAGAUAUAGGAAAAGAAACAGCAUCUUUUGAGCCAUAAAAUCUCUUUUUGUCUCAGAAGAUGUUGAUUUUGUAAGGAAUGAACUUUUGACCCUAGAAAAGCAUGGAUGUCUAGAGUGUUCAUAGUUAUGGGUGACAAGAAACCAUCCAGUUUAGGUUGAUAGUAUUUUGUUUGGUUUUAAAGAUGUCUCACUAUUUAAAAACCUUUUCUUAAAAUUACAGUGGUAAAAUCCUUAUUGUUUCUUCAUCAAGGAGCAGAAUAACAAACAUACUGUGUUUUUCUGGAACCAGGGAUGUGAAGCACAUACCAGGACAUACUCCUUGCCAGGAGCUGUUCUAGGUGCGCUGAUUUGAAGUUAGUUGGAAAGGAGAUCAUUGCUGGUUCUGUGGCUAAGCACAAUUGAGGGGAAAUGUAGGAAAUGACCUGAGGGUCGAUAUGUACAAUGCUUUGGAUGUUGGUAACCGUGAUACCAAUAGAUGCAGAAAUUUUUUACUGUCUCUCACCAGGGCAGAUGUGCUUAUUGGAUUGGGAGCCAGAAGUAUUACUAUGAGGGUGUAGCCCAUGCUGACCAUCUUGGUAAAUUAAUGAUGGUGCCAUAGUCCCAACAGAAAUGGGGUUAAUUAAAUUAGUUUCGGAAGUUACUGGGUGAGUUCUUGAUAAUUUAGGGUCUUUAGAAAUUAAGGCUUUGUUUGGCAUGGCAUAAGAGGAAUGCUGAUUGUAUAUAAAUGGUGCACAAAGAAGUAGUGUCAUGUCAGAAAAUCUUCCAGAAUGUUCCUUAGGAUAGUAAUUUAUUAAAGCAGAGGUGAGGUUGGAAAUAGGUAGAACAAAUCAGAAUAUGUUCGUUAGAAUGCACAGAAGAAUAUCAUAGACUUUAAAGGGCCAUUACUGAAGACCACUGUAUCCGUUGGGGCCCCAAGAAAUGGAGUUAAGCAAUGAAUGAGGUCACUGACCUUCUGAUACUAGUCAAGGUCCAGAAUCAGUCUCUGGCCAACUUUUUUUUAAAAUCUGGAAAUAGACCAUUAAAGUCCUUGUUUUUACCAGCUCAUGAAGCUGAGGCUCUUGAUCUCACUUUAGAAGGACAAAAAGUCCUCCAAUAGGAUGUGUCCAGGAAUGGCUUAUCUGGUUCUUAGACUUUGCUUCAAAGUAGCUGCUCCUUGCCCCUUCCUGUGCCAGGGUGGCUCCUACUCUGGGUGUCAGCAGCAUGGGAUCAAAUGUGCUACAGCUUUUACAGAAAAGUCAGAAACACAAAACCCACCCAAAGCUCAGUUGUUAUUUUUUUUUCAAUGUUUUCCUACAAGAGCCAAGUCACACUAUGAAUAUGCCUUUUUUGUGGGAAAAGGAAGUACUGAAAUUGUUCUGCAUGUAAAAUAUGGGAUAAUUACUUGUUUAUAAUAAAAUUCUGAAUAAAUUAUCUGAGAAACC